CCGGUCCAUAGUAUCCUUGGGUAGUUUCAUAAGGAAAUCUGGGACAAAAUGUAGUGAAAUAUCUGGAGAAAAUAUACAAAAUGGCUUCCAGGAAGGGGACAGGGAGUGAGCCGCCUGUGGGACCUCCUGUUCUUUUCAGUGAAGCACAUUCAUAUGGAAAUCCCAAGAUGAAGUCUGGGAGUCGUGGCCCCAGCCCUGUGCCUGCCUCUGUGUGGAGUGACCACUCUAUGGGACAUCCCAUAUCGUUUAAAGAGGCACAGUGUUUGUACAGUACCAGGCUGCAGUGUGGGAGCUGUGGCCCCAGCCCUGUUCCCGCCUCUGUGUCUAUGACAAGUGACCACUCUAUGGGAAAUCCCAUAUCAUUUAAAGAGGCACAGGGUUCUUACAGUGCCAGGGUGAAGUCUGGGAGUCGUGGCCCCAGCCCUGUGCCUGCCUCUGUGUGGAGUGACCACUCUAUGGGACAUCCCAUAUCAUUUAAAGAGGCACAGUGUUUGUACAGUACCAGGAGGGAGACUGGAAGCCCCAAACCUGGGCCUAGCUGUGUGUCCUUUAAAAGUAACGACUCAAUGGGUCAUCCUAUAGCCUUCCUCAGUGACCCUGUCCUUCCUGUAUGCAGGCAGGAGUUGAGUCCAGAGGGUCACCAUUCACAACUGGACAUCAUUUUUAUGAAUUUGGAGAAGGACAUCAUCUCUUUCGUUCGAGCUGAGCUGCAGAGUUUUAAAAGAGUUGUGGAGUUUGAUUACCCAGAGUCCUUUGAGAGUGAGGAGAGUGGAGAGCAGAGGACCAAAGAGACUUUCCUCCAUCUCACUGUGGACUUCUUGCGAAGGAUGAAGCAGGGCAAGAUGGCAGAUCACCUACAGAGCAGAUACAUUCAUAAAGUUCAGCGCAAACUCAAAUCCAGCCUACAGCAGAAGUUCCAGUGCGUCUUUGAGGGCGUUGCCAGAGCUGGAAACCCCACUCUUCUGAACCAGAUCUACACCGAACUCUACAUCACAAAGGGAGGCACUGAAGGAGUCAAUGAGGAACAUGAGGUCCGACAGAUCGAAACUACAUUGGGGAGACAAGCUGAGUCAGAAACUACCAUUAAAUGUGAAGACAUCUUUGAAAUAUCCUUGCAGGAACCUGGCAACAUGAGGAACAGGCUACCGAUUCGAACAGUGUUGACGAAGGGAGUAGCAGGCAUUGGGAAAACUGUACUGACCCAGAAGUUUUGUCUGGACUGGGCAGAAGGCAGGGCCAACCAGAACAUCCACCUAUUGUUCCCAUUUACUUUCCGAGAGCUCAAUGUUCUUAGAGAUAAGCAGUUUAGCUUAAUCGGACUGGUGCAUCACUUUUUCAGUGGACUUAACGAAAUCCGCAGCUUUGAACACAUCCAAGUUGUGUUUAUUUUCGAUGGUCUGGAUGAAUGCAGGCUGUCUCUUGAUUUCAACCAAACCAAAGCAUUAACCGACAUCACAGAAUCUACUUCGCUCGAUGUUCUGUUGGUAAAUCUCCUCAGAGGGACCCUACUUCCUUAUGCGCAGAUUUGGAUAACCACGCGACCUGCUGCUGCAAAUCAAAUCCUAGCACGCUACAUCACUGUGGUGACAGAGGUCAGAGGGUUCACGGAUGAACAAAAGCAACAAUACUUUAGGAGGAGAUUUCAAGAUGAGACCCAAGCCAUAGCCAUCAUCGCGCACAUCAAGGCGUCAAGAAGCCUCUAUAUAAUGUGCCACAUCCCGAUUUUCUGCUGGAUCGCCGCCACUGUUCUAGAACAUAUCAUCAAAUCGAAAUCCAGAGACCUUCUACCCCAAACCCUCACCGAGAUGUACAUUUACUUCCUGGUGGUUCAAAUCAAAGCGAAGAGCCUCAAGUACGAUGGAAAGUCUGAGGUAGAGCUGCAAUGGAGUCCAACGAACAUCGAGAUGGUGGAGUCUUUGGCCAAACUGGCUUUCGAUCAACUUCUGAGUGGAAAUCUGAUCUUCUAUGAGUCCGACUUGGUCCAGUGCGGUCUAGACGUUGAUGCGGUGUCAUCCUACUCCGGAGUCUUUACGCAGGUUUUCAGGGAGGAACCAGGACUGUACCAGGACAAGGUGUACUGCUUUGUCCAUCUCAGCGUGCAGGAGUUUCUCGCCGCUCUUCACGCCCAUCACAUCUUCGCUAACUUUGGCGUCAACCUUCUGUCAACCGUCCAGUCUUCUGCAGACACCACACCUAAGAAGGACUUCUACCAGUGUGCAGUGGACCUGGCUUUAGAGAGUCAAACCGGCCACCUCGACCUGUUUCUGCGGUUCCUCUUGGGUCUCUCUCUGCCGACCAAUCAGAAGCUCCUAAAAGAUCUGCUGACACAAACAGGAAGUAGAUCCGAGGUGCAUCAGAAGACCUUAAACCACAUAAAGCAGAGGUUGAACGAGGGGUUGUCCACAGAGAAAAGCAUUAACUUGUUCCACUGCCUGAACGAGUUAAAAGACCGCUCUUUAGUGGACAAGAUUCAGUGGUAUGUGAACGGACUCCAGGGACUGUCCACCACGCUUACGCCGGCAGAGUGGUCAGCCCUGGCAUUCCUCCUGCUCUCCAUGGACCUGGAUGUGUUCGACCUAAAGAUAUACCAGGCGUCGGAAUGGGUCCUCCUCAGAUUGAUGCCAGUGGUGAAAGCAUCCAAAAAAGCCUUACUCAGCACGUGCAACCUGUCGGAGGGCUGCUGUGCUCCUCUAGGCUCAGUCCUCAGCUCUCCCUCGUCCAAUCUGAGACACUUGGACCUCAGCCAGAACCCGAUCCAGGACUCUGGGAUGGACCUGCUGUCUUCAGGACUACAGAGCCAGGGAUGCAGACUGGAGACACUCAACUUGUCCAUCUGUAACUUGUCCUGGAAGAGUGGUGGGUGUCUGUCCUCAGUCCUCUGCUCCCAGUCCCCCAGUCUGAAGCACCUGGAUCUGAGCAACAACGACCUGCAGGACUCUGGAGUGGAACAGCUCAGUGCAGGGCUCAGGAGUGCAGGCUGCAGACUGGAGACCCUCAGUCUGUCUGGAUGUCUGGUCUCAGAGGAAAGUGGCUGGUCUCUGGCUUCUGCUCUAACAACGCCCGGGUCAAGUUUGAAAAGUCUGGACCUGAGCUACAACAACCCUGGACCCUCUGCAGUGGACCUUCUGUCUAGACUAUGGGAGGACCCCCAAGCCCCCCUGGAAACACUCAAUUUGGAGCCUGCAGGAUUUCGAUGGUUGAAUCAAGGUUUGAAAAAGUAUUUUUGUGUUCACUCUCUGGACUCCAACACCGCCUAUCGACAACUCCAUCUAUCUGACCGAACCGUGACCCGUGUUCCAACUGACAUCAACUACCCUCUGCAUCGGGACAGGUUCGACUACUGGCCCCAAGUUCUGUGCUGCAACGCCCUGUCGGGACGAUGCUACUGGGAAGUGGAGUGGCAGGCUGAUUGGCCCGGGGAGAAAACCCGAGGAGUGGAUAUAGCCGUGAGCUAUCGAAGCAUUGGUCGCAAAGGGGAGGGUGGCGAAUGCGGCUUUGGGUUCAACAGCCAAUCCUGGAGCCUGAUGGUGUGUUACGGAUUUUACUGCUUUCGACACAAUGGGAAUGAAUCCAGAGUCGGAACUUUCACGGCUUCGCGUAAAGGCAGAGUGGCCGUGUACUUGGACUAUCCCGCGGGGGCACUGUCUUUCUAUAGAGUUUCUAAAGAGCAGUUAAUCCACAUACAUACGGUCAACAUCACGUUUACCGGGCAGUUGUUCGCAGGGUUUGGGGUAUGGUCUGGAACAGCUGUCACUCUGAAAUAGCUCCACCUGCUGGACAGUUCUGAUUUCACUAGUUUAUUUUCAGCAUCACCAUUGUCAUUUUUGUUGAAAUGCAAAAACUACCUUCUACAAGCAGUACUGGAGAAACUGAAGAGUUGGCUGGAUCAAGAAGAAAAGCAUACAUCUGGUUCCUUAGGAUAUACAGCUGAUGGGAUAUUUUUGGGAAUUUGAUAGCUCCAAUGCUAACUCCAAGUUACUUUGACUAUAAAUAUGAAACUGACUUGGACUGAUAAGCAUUUGAAAUAGUCAAAUAUGUACAGUUUGCAAAAUGAAAAAUAAACUAUUUAG